AUGACAGACUCGAUUUACGACGAGAUAGAAAUCGAAGACAUGACCUUCGACAAGGACCGCGGCCUAUAUACAUAUCCUUGUCCGUGCGGUGACAGGUUCGAAAUUCUGCUGGAUGACCUGCGCGAUGGGGAGGAAAUCGCGGUGUGUCCGAGCUGUUCCUUGAUGAUUCGGGUGAUAUUUGAGGCUGGUGAUUUACCGAGAGUGGAGAAGGAGGGUUUGAAGGGGAAGAUGGAGGCAGCGGUUGCGGUUGCGGUUUCCGCGUGA